AUGGGUGCAUCAUCAGAUUACUUGGAGGAGGCGGGUCCGAGUAGUAAGGGUGGAAUUGAUGAUAUGGAUAUGGAUAUAGAUAUAGAUGAGGAUUUGAUGGACUCAACUAACUUACAUAACUUGGGGAAAGAAACUUUGCAAAGUUUCUGUAGGAAGGCGGCAUCUUUGUUUUUUGAUGAGUAUGGUCUCAUCAGUCAUCAAAUCAACUCAUAUAAUGCCUUCAUUGAUAGUGGACUCCAGAGGGCCUUUGAUUCUUUUGGUGAGGUUGCUGUUGAGCCUGGAUAUGACACAUCUAAGCAGAGAGAUGGUGAAUGGAAACGUGCAUCAGUUAAGUUUGGAAGGGUCACCCUCAAUCGACCAAGUUUUUGGGGUGGUUCAAGUGACACCGAGCAUAAUAUGUUUCCCAGGCAUGCCAGACUUCAGAAUAUGACAUAUUCUGCAAGAAUGAAAGUUCAUGUUGAUGUUCAGGUAUACACACAAAAUGUUGUUAGAAGUGACAAGUUCAAAACUGGGAUAGACAAAGUUGUUCAAAAGAAUGUUAUACACACUGAAAACAGGGAAAUCAUUAUUGGAAGGAUCCCUGUUAUGGUGAAGUCUAACCUUUGCUGGCUGACAACAGCUGAAAAGGGGGAUUGUGAUUUUGAUCAUGGAGGUUAUUUUUUGAUCAAAGGUGCAGAGAAGGUGUUCGUUGCACAAGAGCAAAUUUGUAUGAGAAGACUUUGGAUUUCAAAUAGUCAGGGCUGGACUGUUUCAUACAAAUCUGAAGUUAAGAGGAAUAGGUUGAUUGUUAGACUAGUGGAGCUUUCUAAAUUAGAAUACAUUAAAGGAGAAAAGAAAGGCCUCUGUGUAUACUUCUUAUCAAUCGAGAUCCCUGUAUGGAUAUUGUUUUUUGCCCUUGGAGUAAGGUCAGACAAAGAAGUGAUAGAUUUUAUUGAUUAUGAUAGCAAUGAUGCCAGCAUUGUGAAUAUAUUCUUUGCCUCAAUUCAUGAUGCUGAUGAGAAAUGCGAGCAUUUUCGUAGGGAGGACAAAGCACUUGCUUAUGUGGAUACACUGUUAAAAAAGACCAGAUUUCCGCCAAAAGAAUCUAUUGAGGAAUGCAUUAAUACAUAUCUGUUUCCCAGCCUUAAUAGUCACAGGCAUAAGGCUCGCUUUCUUGGGUAUAUGGUGAAGUGUCUUUUAGAGGCCUAUACUGGCCACAGGAAAUGUGACAACAGGGAUAGUUUUAGAAACAAGAGGCUUGAGUUGGCUGGUGAGUUGCUUGAACGAGAGCUAAAACUUCACAUUGGACAUGCACUGAGGCGCAUGACUAAGGCAUUGCAGAGAGACCUCUAUGGAGACCGUGAGGUGCGCCCAAUUGAACACUAUUUGGAUGCUUCCAUAGUGACCAAUGGCUUGACGAGAGCAUUCUCAACUGGAGCAUGGUGUCAUCCUUUCAAGUGGAUGGAAAGGGUUUCUGGAGUUGUGGCAAAUCUUGGGCGUGCAAAUCCUUUGCAAACGAUGAUAGAUUUGCGGAAAACAAGGCAGCAGGUUCUGUACACAGGAAAGGUUGGAGAUGCAAGAUACCCGCACCCUUCUCACUGGGGUAGAGUUUGCUUUCUAUCUACUCCAGAUGGUGAAAACUGUGGCCUGGUAAAGAACUUGGCUGCCACUGGAGUCGUUAGUAUCAAUACAUCAGAACCUCUAGUUGAUAAAUUGUUUGAUAGCGGGAUGGAGAAAUUGGUUGAUGAUACUUACACUAAACUGGAUGGGAAGCAUAAGGUGUUUCUAAAUGGAGAAUGGGUUGGAGUUUGCGAAGAUUCUUGUUUGUUUGUUGGUGAGCUAAGAAGCAUGCGACGCAGGAGAGAAUUGCCUUUCCAGGUGGAAAUCAGAAGGGAUGAACAACAGAGAGAAGUGCGCAUAUUUUCUGAUGCAGGGAGGAUCUUACGCCCUCUGCUAGUUGUUGAGAACUUGGAUAAAAUAAAAGCAUUUAAAGGGGGAAAUUACAUAUUCAAAUCUCUUCUGGACCAGGGGAUUGUCGAGUUUAUUGGAACCGAAGAGGAAGAGGACUGCCAUACUGCAUGGGGCAUCAAAUUUCUUUUAGCUGAAGUUGAAGGGAAGCAACCUAUGAAGUACACACACUGUGAACUUGACAUGUCCUUUUUAUUAGGUUUGAGUUGUGGAAUUAUUCCCUUUGCCAAUCAUGACCAUGCACGAAGGGUCCUGUACCAAGCUCAAAAACAUUCUCAACAGGCUAUUGGUUUUUCAACAACAAAUCCCAACAUCAGAGUUGACACCUUGUCUCACCAAUUGCACUAUCCCCAAAGGCCUCUUUUUCGGACAAUGAUUUCUGACUGUCUUGGUAAACCUGAAUAUCCACUUGGUCAUAAUGCAGUACUGCCAAAGCCGGAGUUGUUUAAUGGUCAGAAUGCUAUUGUGGCAGUUAAUGUUCAUCUGGGUUACAACCAAGAGGAUUCGUUGGUAAUGAAUCGUGCUUCUUUAGAGCGUGGUAUGUUUCGAUCUGAGCACAUUAGAAGCUACAAGGCAGAGGUGGACAACAAGGAGCUAACUGACAAGAGGCGAAAGUCUGAGGAUUCUAUAACUUUUGGGAAAAUACAAAGUAAAAUUGGACGGGUUGACAGCCUUGAUGAUGAUGGUUUUCCUUUUAUUGGUGCUAAUAUGCAAAGUGGUGAUAUUGUGAUAGGGAAGUGUGCAGAAUCUGGGGCAGAUCAUAGCGUGAAACUGAAGCACACGGAAAGAGGGAUGGUUCAGAAAGUGGUAUUGUCAUCUAAUGAUGAGGGGAAAAAUUUUGCUGUGGUGUCUUUGAGACAGGUUCGAUCUCCAUGUCUUGGAGACAAGUUCUCAAGCAUGCAUGGGCAAAAGGGUGUUCUGGGCUUUUUGGAGUCUCAAGAGAACUUCCCUUUCACAGUUCAAGGAAUUGUUCCUGAUAUUGUGAUAAACCCACAUGCAUUUCCUUCAAGACAAACUCCUGGUCAACUAUUAGAGGCUGCUUUAGGAAAGGGAAUUGCCUGUGGUGGCUCAAAAAGACAUGCCACCCCUUUCUCCACUCUCUCUGUUGAUGACAUCGUAGACCAGCUUCACAGGGCCAAAUUUUCAAGAUGGGGAAAUGAAAGAGUCUACAAUGGUCGAACCGGUGAAAUGGUACGUUCUCUCAUAUUUAUGGGACCAACAUUCUAUCAGCGGCUGAUCCACAUGGCUGAAGACAAAGUUAAGUUUCGCAACACUGGACCAGUACACCCACUUACAAGACAGCCAGUUGCAGACCGUAAGCGUUUUGGUGGUAUCAAGUUCGGUGAGAUGGAGCGUGACUGCCUCAUAGCCCAUGGUGCAUCUGCAAACCUGCAUGAGCGCCUUUUCACUCUCAGUGACUCCUCUGAAAUGCACAUCUGCCAGAAAUGUAAAAAUGUGGCUACCGUGAUCCAACGGCCAUUGCCUGGUGGCCGCAAGAUUAGGGGUCCCUAUUGCCGGGUUUGUGAGUCUGUCGAUGACAUUCUCAAGGUUAGUGCACCUUAUGGGGCGAAGUUGUUGUACCAGGAGCUUUUCAGCAUGGGCAUAAGUUUGAAAUUUGAAACCAGGGUUUCUUGA